CAACCUAUUACCCCAAUCAAUUUCAAGUACUAAAGAAAAAAGUCAUCCCCUCUUCCAUCCUCUUUCCAAUAUCUAUACCUGUUGUUCAUCAUCUCCUCGUCAAAAUUUAUGGCUACAUAACAGAACCCAUACAAAUUUUCCAAAAAAGACCCAAUUCAUGGAAAUAAAGAAACCCUAACCCCUGUUUUUCUGUUUGUAUUUAUGUAAGUAUAUAUAAAUAUUCUCCUGUUUCCUUGAGUUGGAAUUAUCUUGGGCGAGAUCGUUGCAGAUCUGGGCUUGGUUCGUAGUCGGAGGCUAUGUUGCAGGCAGUUUCCCGUGGAUUAAAUGUUAUAUGUUGCUAUUGAAGUGGCAUAUUUUUGGUUUGAUGGAUUGUGACCAUUCCGAUGGAUAACGAUAAAGAAAUUUCGGCAGGGGAGCGUGUUCUGCGUCUCUUCGACAAGAAUGUUGAGUUGGAGAACAAGCGUAAAAAGGCAGCACAGGCGAGAGUCCCUUCAGACCCUAAUGCAUGGCAACAGAUGCGUGAAAAUUAUGAAGCCAUUAUCCUUGAAGACCAUUCUUUCUCUGAACAACACGACAUAGAGUAUGCUUUGUGGCAGUUGCAUUACAGGAGGAUUGAAGAACUACGGGCUCAUUUAAAUGCUGCUCUAGCUUCUUCAGGAUUAGCUGCUUCUCAGAAUGGGAAAGGUCCAACUCGAGGGGGACCUGAUCGGGCUUCAAAGAUCCGUUCCCAGUUUAAGACUUUCCUUUCGGAGGCCACUGGAUUUUAUCAUGAUUUGAUGUUGAAGAUAAGGGCGAAGUAUGGUCUGCCAUUGGGAUAUUCUUCUGAUGAUCCAGAGAAUCAAAUUUCCAUGUCUGAGGAUGGAAAUAAAUUUUCUGAGGUGAAAAAGGGUUUGAUAUCCUGUCAUCGCUGUUUUAUUUAUCUGGGGGAUCUUGCUCGUUACAAAGGCUUAUAUGGGGAAGGUGAUUCUAAAGCUCGGGCUUUUGCAGCAGCAUCAAGUUACUACUUGCAAGCUUCCUCACUUUGGCCGUCAAGUGGUAAUCCUCAUCAUCAGCUUGCUAUACUAGCAUCAUAUUCUAACGAUGAACUGGUGUCGACCUAUCGCUAUUUUCGAAGUUUGGCAGUUGACCACCCUUUCGUCACUGCACGGGAUAACUUGAUCAUUGUAUUUGAGAAGAAUCGGCAGAGUUAUACCCAACUACUUGGUGAUGCUAAAGCUUCUUCACUCAAGACUGUAUCUUCCAGGAUGCCUGGGAAAGGGAGAGGUAAAGGUGGAACAAGGCCUUCUUUUAAGGAUGAUAAGGUGGAUUCAAGUGCAGUCAAGGAACACAUUUUUACUGUACCUGAAGUCUUCAAAGCCUUCAGCAUUCGUUUCGUUCGACUAAAUGGCAUUCUUUUUACACGUACAAGCUUGGAAACUUUUGAGGAAGUCUUCUCAGUGGUUAAAAAUGAUUUGGUGGAACUUCUAUCUUCUGGGCCAGAUGAGAAAUACAACUUUGGAUCGGAUGCUGCUGAGUGUAGACUUGCAAUUGUCAGGAUGGUGGCCAUCCUCAUUUUCACUGUUCACAAUGUAAAAGGAGAAAAUGAAAAUCAAUCAUAUGCGGAUAUUCUACAACGCUCAGUUCUACUUCAAAAUUCAUUUACUGCUAUCUUUGAAUUUAUGGCCUGCAUGCUUGAAAGAUGUAACCAGUUAACAGAUCCCUCGUCAAGCUAUUUAUUGCCUGGGAUCAUGGUUUUUGUGGAGUGGUUAGCCUGUUGUAAUGAUGUUGCAGUAGGCAGUGAGAUUGAGGAUAAACAAGUGAAUGCCAGGUCUGUUUUUUGGAAUCACUGCAUUACCUUCUUCAAUAAGCUUGUAUCAAAUGGAUAUUUGUUUCUUAAUGAAGACAAAGAUGAAACAUGUUUCUCCAAUAUGAGCAAGUAUGAUGAAAGUGAGACUGUCAACCGUCUUGCGUUGUCUGAGGACUUUGAAUUGAGAGGAUUUAUUCCUCUUCUUCCAGCUCAACUCAUCCUUGACUUCUCUAGGAAGCCUUCUUUUGGAAGUGAUGAUAGCAGCAAGGAGAAACAAAUCCGCAUCCAGAGGAUUUUUGCAGCUGGAAAGGCUCUUUCUAACGUCGUCCAGAUUGGGCAGGAGGGAUUUUAUUUUGAUGCAAAGUUGAAGAAAUUUGUAAUUGGUGUUGAACCUCAAAUUAUUGAUGAUUAUGCACUUAUGGGUUCUUUUGAGGUUCCAAAAUCUAAUGGUAACACACAAGAAAAUUCAAUUGGGUCUCAAAUGGCUCUGGGUUCUAUGCAGCCAGUGCCACAUGUUAGUAUGGAAGGAGAGGACGAGGAUGAGGUGAUCGUGUUCAAGCCUUCAGUAACUGAGAAGCAAAUGAACAACUUUGAUUCAACAAUUUCUGAGGCUGCUUCUGGUGCAGGAAAGUUUGAUUUUGGAAAUGAAAAUGGAUCGUUUUCCCUAGGACAUGAUAGUUUCCUCUGGCAGAAUGCCAUAAGCACAGGCAUAAAGCCACCUGCAACUAUUGCUCAAAGCUCUGCCCACUAUUUUCGUCCAGUCCUACCCAGCACUUCACAGUGGCUGGUAGAGCCAGCUCCUGUUGUAAAUGGAUUUUCCCACUUGAAUUUAAUGGAAAAUAGGCCUGCUAUGAAACCUCAUCUGCAAGAUCUAGGAGUUUCUCAGGCUGCUGCCCUUUCUGUUCCCUAUCCCCAAUUUGUUAAUGCUGAUGCAAGUCGUAGUUAUCCCAUUCAGACCUCUCAUAUUGCUUUAUCAUCGAAGUUUGAUUCUACCAUUUCUUCAGGAGCAGCUGCUGACAGUCUGUACGUGAAACCAUCUUUGGUCAUGUCAGCAGGCUUGAAGAAAAAUCCAGUGAGUAGACCUGUUAGGCAUGUUGGUCCUCCACCUGGCUUUGGUUCUGUGCCUUCCAAAGUUGUGGAUGACUCAAUGAAUAGUAUGACCUUGAAAAUUGGAAAUACUCCAAUUCCAAAAAUGGAUGAUUAUAGCUGGCUAGAUGGAUAUCAGUUGUCCUCGUCAAAUCAAAGUUUUGGGUUUAACCAUUCCAUUAAUACUUCCGGGCAGAUGUUUGGUUCAAUGAGUAAGAACAAUAGUUCAGUGGGGAUGUCAAGCUUCCCUUUCCCUGGAAAGCAAGUCUCCACACUGCAAAUCCAGGGUGAAAAGCAGCAGGACCAUCAGUUUUCUGAACAUAUGAAGGUGUAUCAGGAGCAGCAACAGCAACAACUUAAGAAAGAAGACCAACAAUCUGUUGCACUGCCUCAGCAGUAUCAAGGACAAGCUCUCUGGGACGGUCAUUUCUUUGUGUGACCUUAUUUAGGGAGUAUUGAUGGUUGUGGACAAUUACUAUGGACAUGUCUGUGGUCUGGGGAUAUUCUUUCAGCCAUUGGUUUUGCAAAGUCGCCGAUUUUAUUAACUUUUAUUGGAGCGUGGUUGGUAUUUGCAGUGUUGCGGGCACUUGCUGUCAAACAGCUUGUGCCAAGUUCUCGAGACUUGUUGAACUGUGCUUAUCAUGUCAAUAAAUGCAGUAAUUGGAAAUUUUCCGAGCUUCAGUACCUUGUCUAGUUGGAUUGGUUGGACAACUCUUCAGGUAUAUCGGCAUUUGGUGGAAAAUGUAGAUGGAAUCAAGAGGAAAUUACUAGCAAUUCUACUUGGUUGGUGGUGAAGGGCUUACCUUACAUGUUAGUAGUCCUACCAUAUUUGCCAUGAUGAGCAGUUUCGACAGAUAAACUUUUAAGGUAGGUUAUUGGCAAUCGCAAGUUUCUGCCUAGAAAUUCUCAUAUGAAAUAUAUGAAAAAAUCAUGAACAAAGGUUCCUUGUAAUGUUACAAUGUCUCGACUGUUGGGAAUAAGUAUACGAUAGUUCCGUGCUGUGUUUUAAUUACACUCUCAUGGAUGAUGUGCUAGUUGCAAAAACAUAUGUACUUUCUUGGUGGAUGGAUUUUCUCUGGUCUCUAGAAUUACAAACUGCUGUUAUACUGUCAUAUUGGAAUUACAAUUGUGUUAUAUCA